UGGGCUCGCUAGUAGGAACUUUAGUUUGCCGUUUGGGAUUUGCGAUCAUCUACAUCCAAAAACCUUCCUUGACCUACAUGAGUAAAGAUGGCGUUGGGGGAUGUUGUCAACUCUUUAAGUCUCACUAAGACAAGUGACGUCACAUCAGCCAAGUCUCAGUUUCUAAGAUGUUUAACAACUAAAGAUUUAACCAUCAUUGGUAUUGGUUCAAUGAUGGGAACUGGGUUGUAUGUCUUAACUGGUGUCGUUGCCAAAGAAACAGCCGGUCCCGCAGUUAUCAUAUCUUACCUCAUUGCUGCAGUGGUGUCCAUGAUGGCUGCAAUGUGUUAUGCAGAGUUUGGUUCACGGGUACCAAUCACAGGGUCUGCAUAUACGUACACCUACAUCACCAUAGGUGAACUUUGGGCUUUCUUGAUUGGUUGGAAUCUUAUUCUUGAGUAUGUAGUGGGCGGAGCCGCAGUUGCGCGGUCUUGGAGUGGAUAUUUUGAUGAGUUAGUUGGGUAUAAGUUGAGUAACUUCACCAAGAAUGUCAUUUUUGGCGGUAACCCCUUAGAAGUACCGUAUUUAGCUGAGUUUCCGGACUUUUUCUCGGGUCUUCUUGUUGUAUUGGUCUUGAUCCCAGUGGCACUGGGUGCCAAUGUAUCAGUAAAAAGCAUCAACGUCAUGGCAGUUAUUAACGUAGGGGUGGUUGUUUUUGUCUUCGUUGCAGGAUUAAUCAUUGGAGAUUUUGACAACUGGAAUAAUUUCUUUCCUUUUGGAUUUUCCGGUGCAGUUGCGGGCGCUUCUAGUUGUUUCUUUGCCUUUUCUGGUUUUGAUGUGAUAUCUUUGUCGAGUGAGGAGGCCUUAGAUCCUGCGAGGAGUAUACCAAGGGCUACUGGGUUAUCAGUAAUAAUAGCGGGUCUAUGUUACGUUGCUGUAUCUGUGUCUCUCACAAUCAUGGUGCCUUAUAAUGAAAUAUCGGACAACUCGUCCUUCGCUCAUGCAUUCGCCACACACGGUUUGCUAUGGGCAAAGUAUAUCGUUGGGUUAGGCGCACUAUGCGGCAUGUUAACAUCUCUACUUGGUAGUCUGUUUUCCAUUCCUCGCUCUGUUUACGCCAUGGCAAAUGACGGCCUGCUGUUUGCUUCCUUAGCUAAAGUGUCUAAACGAACCCAAGUCCCAGUUGUGGCAACAUUUAUAUUUGGUGCAAUUUGUGCUGUUAUGGCUUCCAUUUUUGAUUUGAGUUCACUUGUGGAAUUUAUGUCUAUUGGUGUUUUAAUGGCUUAUAGUAUAGUCUGUGGUGCUGUUAUAGUCCUCCGAUAUCGACCUGAUAUGGAGUUCAGCCACUUCGGUGUAGAAUCUAUAUUGGAUGAUACAGACGAAGAAGAGGAGGAACUAAUGUCUGGUGACGUCACGAACCGAGAUCAUGAAGACCAAGUGUUUAUAAAUAGAGACGGUCGCCUGAAGCAACAGUUUGAAUUUCUGACGUUUCUGGAUAGCAGCCAUCCUGGUAGAGUGGUCUCUGUGUGUCUGCUUCUGACGAUCAUUUUCCAAACUGCUGCCGUCGUGGUUGCCAUGGCAACACAAGACAACAUCAAGAAGGGAGAAUGGUGGGCUGUAACUAUGGUGACUGUCUUAGCCAUCGUGGCAGUUGUUGUAUUUCUACCUAUACCGCUGCACAAUCAAGCAAGGUAUGACGGCAGGACGUACAGGGUGCCGUUCGUACCGUACCUGCCGAUAAUGAGUAUACUGUGUGACGUCAUAUUAAUGGUCAUGCUGCAACCAAUCACUUGGGUACGAUUCGCAAUUUGGGUUGGAAUAGGCAUGUUGUUGUAUGUAUUCUACGGCUAUCAUCACAGCGUCGAGCGCUUGAAGAGAAGGACAUCUAAGACAAAAGACGAAUACCAAGUCUUAGCUGCUGGUAAUGAUGUGACGGCAUCACUGCCUUUAAAUUAUGAGUCCAUUGUGCACGAGCAGCAACCUAAAUCCAGUACAAAUUCAUCAAAGACUGAGACAUUGGUGGACUAGUUGUCAAAGGCACACUACAUGUAUUUGGAAUUACUCAAAAUAAUUCUAUUUUAGCAUAAAAACUUACUUGGUAACGAGCAAU